UGUCAAAGUUGUGUUGACAGUAGUAGCAGCAGCAGGAACUGUCAGGGCGAGGUAGCUAACAUCACGAGCCGAAUGGAGUAAUUAUCUCGUUAUAUUUCAAGAAAACCAAACCCCCACCACAUUCCUUAUAACACCGUAAACCUCCAACGAAGCCAUGGCAGAGGACUCGAGUGCUCAAACUUGGUCCAUCAACAAGGACGACUAUGUACUCAACGAGGUGAUUGGGAGUGGUGCCACGGCCGUGGUGCAGGCGGCCUACUGUGAGCCCAGGAAGGAGAGGGUGGCCAUUAAACGCAUCAACCUGGAGAAGUGUCAGACCAGCAUGGAUGAGCUCCUGAAAGAGAUCCAGGCCAUGUCCCAGUGCCACCACCCCAACAUUGUGUCCUACUAUACGUCUUUCGUAGUGAAGGACGAGCUGUGGCUGGUGAUGCGACUCCUCAGUGGUGGCUCAGUACUGGACAUCAUUAAACACAUCAUAUCUCGUGGGGAACAUAAGUCUGGGGUUCUGGAUGAGUCGUCCAUAGCCACCAUCCUCAAAGAGGUUCUAGAAGGACUGGAGUACCUGCAUAAGAACGGGCAGAUCCACAGGGAUCUAAAGGCCGGAAAUAUUCUUCUCGGAGACGAUGGCUCAGUGCAAAUCGCAGACUUUGGUGUGAGUGCCUUCUUAGCGGCUGGAGGAGACAUGACCAGGACCAAGGUCAGGAAGACGUUUGUUGGGACACCAUGUUGGAUGGCCCCAGAGGUCAUGGAGCAGGUCAGAGGUUAUGACUACAAAGCAGAUAUCUGGAGUUUUGGGAUCACAGCCAUUGAGCUGGCUACAGGAGCUGCACCAUAUCACAAAUAUCCACCCAUGAAGGUGCUGAUGCUGACCCUGCAGAAUGACCCUCCCUGCUUGGAGACGGGUAUCCAGGACAAGGAGAUGGUGAAAAAGUAUGGCAAGUCCUUCAGGAAGAUGAUCUCACUCUGUCUACAGAAGGAGCCUGAGAAAAGACCAACUGCUGCUGAGCUGCUGAAACACAAAUUCUUCACGAAAGCAAAGAAUAAUGAAUACUUGGAAGAGAAGCUGCUUCAGAAGGGUCCAUCGAUAGGGGACCGAUCCAAACGGGUGCGUCGCGUGCCUGGUUCCAGUGGUCGUCUCCAUAAGACCGAGGACGGGGAGUGGGAGUGGAGUGAUGACGAGUUGGACAUGGAGAGUGAAGAGGGCCAGGCUGCUGUGGCAGCUCUACGGUCUCCCAGAGUGAAAGAUGGCUGCAUCGAGAUUUUCCCUCCAGAGGAUGGUUCGCCCAGUCUGCUCCGUCCAGGAGGGGCAGGGCAGGACAAGGACAAGCCAGACGAGGCCACCCUGAUCCAGGGGGACGUUCCAGCCCAGGACCCCGCUGCCGCCUCCACCACCAAAGUCCCCAUCAGCCUGGUGUUGAGGUUGAGAAACUUGAAGAAAGAACUGAAUGACAUCCGUUUUGAGUUUAUGCCUGGAAGAGACUCAGCUGAUGGAGUUUCUCAGGAGUUAGUUUCAGCAGGACUGGUGGAUGGGAAAGACUUAGUGGUCGUUGCUGCCAAUUUGCAGAAGAUUGUUGAUGAUCCUCUCAACAAUAAAAAUGUCACUUUCAAACUGGCAUCUGGCAUAGAUGAGUCCGAGAUCCCUGAUGAUGUCAAGCUGAUGGGUUUCGCUCAGCUCAGCAUCAGUUAACUCAACGAUCUUUCAUCAAAGAACAACAACAACAGUAUUGUGGAGCAGCGUAGUUCUAAUUUCCACUACUGCCAAGGAGAAGAGGCUACGUUUGUCAACCUGUAGGGUUCUUUUCUUUACUGAACUCUGCUGUGUUAGUUAAAAUGGACGGGCUAUGAGAACAGGACCAGCGCAACAGUAAAACAACAACAAGUCAGAACAGGAAAUCACAUUAUGAAAGAGUUUAUAGCAGGACCGAUCCACAACGUGUAUCUGGGAGGGAGGACGACGUCGCAAUCAACGAUGUCAUCAUCGACUUAUAAUUUUUUUUUUUAAAUUAAUAAACAAACAAACAAACCAUUUUCUUAGUUAGUGUUGUACAAUCCACAAGCAUUAUAUAAUACAAUGUAACUGCUGCCAGUUCUGGAAGUGGUAACAACAACAUAAAUGCCUUUUUAUCGACCGUGCCACUGAACCAACUGAGUGUUGUGUGUGUGUGUGUGUAUGUAGAGGCCUCCACUAUUGGAUGACAUACUGCCUCUCAAAUGGACACCUAUUACCUACAUCGUGCACUAUUUAUGGGCCUUGGUCAAAAGUAGUGCACUAUGUAGGGAACGGGGGCGGGGGUGGCAUGGUAUUAGGCAGUGUAAAGGGGGGGGUGGUCUUAGUAAGGAUCUAUUACAGUGUGGAUCUAUGUAGUAGAGGGAUUGAAUGGCUUGAGUUCACUUGAUAAUAUGAUUGAUAUUAAACUGUAUGGGCCCUUAGUCACACACAGUUUAAACCCCUUAUUACACCAUGACUAGCCAGUUUUCUCAUGGCAUUUCUCUUUGUGUAUAUCAUAACAUAAGUUGACGUAAGCUUUCUUAGCUGUCUCAUACGCUUUCUUGAGUGUAUCUGUUGGUUAUAACCUCUCAUAGGGGUAUCAUAAGUUGACAUUAGCUGUCAUAAGUUAACUGUUGACAUCCGCUGUUAUAACCUCUCAUUGCUGUAUCAUUAGUUCAGGUUACCCCAGACAGACAGGACAGACAGACCUCGUUGCUCUAACGUGGAAGGGGGUCUGUUCAGGAGGGAGAAAUGUUACAGGACAUAGUGAAAAGUUCAGAUGUAAAAAAAAAAAAAAAAAUGUAUAGUGUAGAACAGAUAGGAUUGCCUGUCAUAUAGAUUCAGGAGUCGGUGUCUGCUCUAUUCAUUACAUUUCUACGUGCAAACCUUCUGGACCGUGAAUCCAGUGUUUUAAUACGUGGAGGUAAAACAAUACCUUACUGAGACCUUGAUAAUUAUGGUCUUGGGAGUGACUAUGCAACGUUGACUCUGUAAUGUCCAGUACCAGCGGUUCACUAGCCACUCGACCGCUGUUCCCUCGCUAGCUAGCUGCCAUCACUGGCAACUGGACCGCUGUUCCCUCGCUAGCUAGCUGUCAUCACUAUGACCGCUGUUCUCUCGCUAGCUAGCUGUCAUCACUAUAUGGCAACUGGACCACUUCUCUCGCUAGCUAGCUGUCAUCACUAUGGCCACUGGACCGCUGUUAUCUCGCUAGCUAGCUGUCAUCACUAUGGCCACUGGACCGCUGUUCUCUCGCUAGCUAGCUGUCAUCAUUAUGUCUCUUCUAUCAAUAGCUAGCUAUUUGUCAUUGUGUCUCUUAUCUCACUAGCUAGCUGUCAUCAAGGCCACUGGACCUCUGUACUCUCACUAGCUAGCUAGCCGUCAUUAUGUCUCUAGACAUUAAUGUCUGUUCCGUCAUCGUAAAUGGACAAAAUAAUUUGUAUCGUCCAAUCCAUCCACUCACCUGAAAGUCACCGACUGUAACCACUCCCACUUUACAUUGUAUGUUGAUUGGUUGGCAGUGUUGGACAAGCUACUAUGAAAAUAUAGUUUACCAAUUACUUUACGCUGGAAGAAGUUAAGCUAUACUAAAGUUACCCUUAAAGAAAACACAGCUUAACAAAAGUUACUUAGGAGAAAGUAGUUUACUACAAACUUUGUGAAAAAUAUCUGAAUCUAAAAUGGCAAACCUACAAAUUUAAACAAAAAGUUUAAGAAUUAGGCAGGUCUGAUUGUGAAAAAGAAAGCAUAUUCAUGCCUACUUAACACAUUUUAACUUGUUGCAAAAAAAAAAAACAAUAGUGUGUAGUUCCAGUAGUUAGCUACAACGCUACUGAAAACACUACCAAGAUUUUAAUUUAAUUAAACUACCGGCAAGCUACUGCAAAAUGUAAUUAAAUGACUAGUUGAACUAAAAUUUGAAAAUGUAGUUCACAACUCCCUAACACGGUUGGUUGGUGUGUGAUGUGCAUUUGCUGGUUCAGGUACUGUUUGUAAUUUGGUCUAUUUAGCAGAUGAUGUAUUUCAAAAAGGUACGUACAUUUUUAUAAUGGGAACUGAUGAUGGAUGCCACACCAUGCACUGUCAGUCACACGCCCUCCCAAAGGUAUGUUUGUGAGUAGGAGGCAAAGCAAAACACUGACUGUUUCUGGAGUACAUUUCUAAGACGGAAGAAAGGCUCUUAUUGUAUAUAUGAUUACGUCAGAAAAAUAACUGGUAUACUUGAUCAGCUCACCCAGUCUAUAAGUUAAAAUAAUGAAACUACAGCGAGUUGGUUGGUUUUUUUUCUGUUUUUUCCCCUUUUGUAUCGAGUUUUCCCACUGUUGGCCUUCUGUUAGAUAUUCAUCACUAAUUCCAAGUUAUGUUGCUAAUCAUGCCACAUCUGAUUUGCUAAAUUGGCACCUUUUAAAAAAAAAUAUAUAUAUUAUUAUUAUUAACAUAGCUGCGUAUUUUAUUUCAAAAGGCUGACAUUCUGAUUUUGUUGUCAUGGUGAUAUUUUAAUAUGCAAUUUGUAUUUUUCGAAUCACUGAAACCGUUCCAAUUUAGAGUUGGUUUCCUGUAGUAAGUCUCACAAACUGGAAGGAUGUUCCUCAACAAAUGUCAAUGUAGGUCUAGCUAACAAACACAGCAAAAUGACAACUGACACUUUUCCCACUAGUGUGUGAUAUGCUGCUUUCAGACUGAGCAAUAAUGUUGAAGAAAGUUAGCCUGGGUGCCAGUUUCUUUGUGCCAUCAUCACAAAUCCCUGUCACUCAUUGUCAUGGAAAACAAUGCAAUUGGCAAGAGAAUAAACAGAUUUGCGACACCCAGGCUAGAAGAAAUUGUGAGCUGAUAGCAAAAUGUCUCUUUCCCCUCUGUAUUGUGAUACCAAUUGGAAAGCCACUGUUGUCAGAUAACUGUCGCAAGGCAAACUCUUUUGAAUGAUGAGUAUUUAUAACACUCACUUGGAAAUUAAUGAACUUUAUGAUUUUUAUUUUAUUUUUAUUUUUUUUGGAAGUUGGUUUUACUUGAAACCAAUGCAUAUAUUUUCAAUGUUGUGUAUCGUCACAAAACGUGCACGUGAUCAAAAUCAAGUGUGUUGAUUAUUUGACAAAUGUUAUUUGUGAAACCUUUUUAGAAAUUAAAUUCCAAAACUUGAUGUCAUGAAUUAAAAGCCCUUUGCAGAAUCAAUGUUGUAAAUGUGUGGUUAAAAGAAAAUUGCCAUCACACACAAACAUGGAAAAAAAAAAAAUCUUGUCAACUAUUAUUUCUAAAAACUGGUGACUAGGCAAAUAAAAUCACAUUAUUUGAA